AGGAGAUGUUGGACGAAUUUUUGGACGAGCUGAGAAGCCCGAUGAUGUUUGUUUAUGUAUCGAUGUUGUUAACUUGGUGUAUGGCUAGUAGCUCACAGUUGGGUGAUUCUGUUGAGUUGGAAUUUAAAGCUUAUCGUUUGCAACAAUAUGAUAUCGUUGGCACUCCUCAUGGUAGUCGUUCUUGGCAAGUAAUAUAUGAAGCCGUGUCACUGGAUAGUAAUGUUCUUAGGCGUUGCUUAGUUGUGAACUGGCGCGACUUAUUAGGUCGUGACUUGCAAGCUUUAUUUAGUCAGGCAUUUGGUGCUGUCCUCAUUGUGUUACCAGCCAAUUUGGACACGUUGACACCUUCAACAAAGGCGAAAUUGGUUUCAUUAGAAAAAAGCCUGCUCUAUUUAAAUACUGAUAUAGCAGUAUAUGUGGUACACCAGCAACCGGAGUUGCAGGCCCUCGUCGCGGAAGUAACAGCUUUUUCUAAGAGAUCUCCAACUGCCUUCCAGCAACUGUUGAAUGCAAUAAGUGCAAAUAUCUUCCAGUUUUCAUCGUCAGUAUCAGUUUCUAAUAAUAUUGUAAUACCAAAAUCAGCUAAUGUUAUAGGGCAUCUGUGGUCAACAGAUCGAAAGUCACCAUUAAUUGUUGUGGUAGCGCACUAUGACAGCCAUUCGGCAGUACCAGGAUUGGCAAUUGGUGCAGAUGCCAACGGAAGUGGUGUAGCAGCACUGCUCGAAUUACUGGCUAUCUUCUCCCGCUUCUAUGGUUCUAAUACAAUGAAACCUAAAUAUAAUAUGAUGUUUUUACUCACUGCUGGUGGAAAGUUCAAUUAUCAAGGUAGUCGCCAAUGGCUGGAAGAACAUAUUGACAAACAGACCGAAACGAACAUCGAACUUGUCAUAUGUCUUGAUUCCGUGGGCAAAGAUGGCAGUCUUAUAGCGCAUGUAUCAAAAAUGCCUGCUGAAACAUCACCUGUUGGGCGAUUUUUUUUGCUGCUGAAAGAUGCUACACCUCCAAAUAGAACCGUAGAAAUUGUGUCGAAGAAGAUCAAUCUGAACGCAGAUGUGCUUGCAUGGGAACAUGAAAGAUUUUCAAUUCAACGUUUACCCGCUCUCACACUUUCACAUUUCAAAUCACAUACUGAUUCUGGUAGAAAUUCAUUCCUGGAUAUACUAUCACAGAUCGAGAUGGAAGUUUUGGAAUAAUGCUGGUUUACGCUGGAAAUACACAUAUAGUGUGGUUGAACAGAUCGACGAGGAUGUUUCGUUCAGCUUCUGUCGGCGGUGGCAAAUGUACGAACUAUCGGUGAAGCUCUUUUGGUUUAUGUGUUAAAUUUGCCAAAUACAAAAUGUGCGCAUGAAGAGAAUUUCUCAACUUGUUCAAUUCUGGCGCCGGGAGAUGUUAAUAAAAAGCGAUUAUCAAACUGGCUGCAGCAGUUUGGAAGCAAAUCUCGUCCUAUGGCUGCUGGCAGUGAUUGGCUUGUAGCUAAUCUUAUGGAUACCGUAAUCAGGUAUACUUCCGGACAAACUGUAGUGGAGCCAGUUUCGGUAGCAGAAGUGUCACUUUAUGGUGUACUCGAAGACCGCUUAAUGGCACACCGAGCAAAACCAGCUGUCUUUGAACUUUUGUUAGCAGCUGUUAUAACGCUUUAUUUAUCAACGUUAUACUUUGUUGCGCCGGUGUUGCAGACAUCCGUUGAAGUAGUGCUUGUUAAGUUUAAAAAAUUAUGAUUUGUUGAUCUCAUUUUGACAUACCGAUUUUCUGCACAGCACUGGAGUACAAGUUUACUCUUCGAGAAGUACUUAAUGAUCAAACAUGGCUAUAUUAUAGCCAUAUUUGAUCAUUAUGUACUUCUCGAAUUUUUUUUUCUUUUUUUUU